GCGCCCCAAUCUCAGGUGGGAAUCAUCAACUCAUUACGUUCUGAUUGGUCAGCUGGUGUCGGGCAGCAUUUAAAAUCCCAAACGAUUUGUCUUCAUGUGGUAGUGUCUAUUUGAAAGAAUGGCAGCAGUAUCCCUCUUUACGUGGGUCUUCCUCCAAGCAGUUUUGCUUUUGGAUGUCCACUGUAGGCCUGUUAAGAUGGGUCCAUACUUCAUGAAUAAUGCUGGAUACACGGCAGGUCGUUCUUCUCAAGGUCCGGCCUUCAUGGUUAAAGGUGGAUCCACGGGAGGUGGUUCUUAUUCACCAGAUCCAGCCUUCUACCAACAUGAAGAGCCGGAAGCCCCUGGAGACUACGGCACUAGCUCUGCUGCUGCUCUUCCCUCUGGAAAAAGCAACAGCCAUCCCUCCUUAACCGACUCGGCUCAAGCUAUCGCUUGGGUUAUCCCUCCUAGCGUCUACUCUGGGCACUCAAAAUCGGGUCAGGGUGGGGCUGCAUCAGGGUCUGCCCCCAGCCACGCCAUGCCUGGUCCGCAGUUCGUCCCAGGAGAGCUGUUCCAACUCGAGAGCACAAUGGACACUGGACGCGUCAUUUCUGAGACCCAGGAACGGGGCAACCCUCCUCCUCCUCCUCCACAAUGGUUUGCUGGAAACACUGAGGUCUUCAACAGCCCACCUGCACAAGAAGCCUCUAUGCCCAGCAGCCCUUAUGGCUACUACUAUCCUUACGACUUCAUGUUUGUCACCGGCCAGUACCCUCCCGGAACCUAUGCUCAAGCCAGUAGUAGUUUUGAGAAAGGCGGUGAUGAGUUCAUUGAAAACCAUUACGUCCGAUACGAGUAUCCCGACGGCCCCGGUAAGGAGCACCCAAUGCAGCCUUACCCCAGUGACGCUUGGCACGGCAUGGGGAAAGGGAUGCCUAAUCAUUAGCGUGUUUCUCCUGGGAUGCAGUCUUUCUGGAGGGACGGGUGGAAACGGUUGUUCAAUAAAAAAAAUACAACUUUGAUUUGUCUUGUGGGUUUUACUGUUUGUCACCCACACACCAAUGUGCACCACCCUUUGACCUCAUCACCCUUGAGCACAACAUGGUUUAUUGCCUGGAAGUUGAACCUCCCUGGGCUGGCUUCAGUUGGACUAAAGACAAUUGGAACUAAAUUUGUCAGUUUGCUUUUAUUCCUCAAAUAUUCAGAUGUACUGACCUAAAGGUGACUAGAUGGGUCAUCUACAUUUUUGACUAGGACUUGACCGUCAACAAUGUACAAACACCGGACCCCAAAUGGCCUUGACUAUACAAUAUUAAAGGGACGACCAAGACUUAAAACUGAGGCUGAACUACUCCUUCUCGCCAGCAUGGUGACGGUUUCCUGGGAUCAGACGAUGGUCUGCUGGGACCUGGAAACGGCGAAGACUCUGUGGACAUCGAGGCAUGCUGGCUUGUUGACCUCCUGUAGCGUGUCCUCUGACGGGAAGCUCAUCGUGUGCGUCUCGGACAUGGACAACGAGGUGGACAUCUCCCUGGCAACCAACGGCGAGUGUCUGCACAAGGUUAAAGAGCACCACAGUUCCACCAUGACGCGCUGCAGGUUCGAUCCACAGGGGCAGCACGUGGCCACGGUGUCUGUGGACCGCACCAUCAAGCUGUGGGACCUGCUGGCCCAGCGCACCACCAUGUCCAUCAACAGUAACCAUAGCAACACCGUCUCCAGUUGCUGCUUCACCGACAGCGGCCGCUUCUUGUGCACAGCGUCGUGGGACCGCAGCCUCCAGCUGUGGGACCUGGAGACCGGGACCUUCCGCUCCCGGGGGGGCCUGAGGCUGGAGGGGGUGCACGUGGGCUCCGUCAGCUCUUGUGUCUUCUCUGCCGACGCUCAGCUCCUGGUGUCCGGCUCCUACGACAGGACCGUUGCACUCUGGGAUAUGGCCUCUCAGUGCCACACACUCAGCCUAAAGGGCCACAGUGAUUGGGUGACAGACGUUUCAAUCAGUAUGGACAAGAAAUUGGUGGCGUCUUGUUCCAGGGACGGAACGUGCAGGCUGUGGUCUGUGGAGGCCUGUGAUGUGAUCCCAGAGGUGGUGGGGAAAACAGAAAAUCAGCUGCUUAAGUGCGGGCAGUGCGGCGGUUCCUUCUGUGUGCCCCGCUCGGAGGCCUCGGACCAACUGCCGACCAACUGUGUCUUCUGCCGGAUGAAGACUGGCGGCAGAUACCGUCCUCAGCCUCCCUCCCUCUGACUACCGUCCUCAGCCUCCGGCCCUCAGACUCCCUUCCUCAGUCUAUCGUCCUCCUCAGCUUCUCGUUCGUAGCCCUUUAUCCGCACGGCUCGACGAACCAACGAACCUUAUGAAGCAAUUCUGCAAAAAAUACAACUGAUUGGUUUAAUAAACGGUUUACUUUUUAAACGGGACUUUACUUUAUCAAUCCUGUGUGAUUGUGUGUGGCAUUAAAUUUACUUUUAAACCGUAUUUUACUUAUUUAUAAAUCCUGUACUUUGAUGCGUAGAAUCAUAUUACCCAAUUCCGUUGACGUCCUCGACGGCGCCGUGGCUUAGAUGGUUAAAGCGCCUGUCUAGUAAACAGGAGAUCCUGGGUUCGAAUCCCAGCGGGGCCUUUUGUGGAAACCGCCAGUAUCUUACUCAUGAAGAACACGUCAUGUAUCUCCUCAGUAGGGUGUCUGUCAGUGAAUGUUUGGGAAUAAAGUGUGUCUUUGUACCAUUGUUUU